AUGAGCACGACGGGUGCGGGGGCAUCGGACGUAUCACGACGAGUGGCCAUUGCGGCGGCAGUUGCUGCUGGAGCCAUUGGAGUUGGCGUUGGACUGUACUACUUGACGAGAAAGAGCAGUGAUGACCCAAAUGCCGACAAGAAGAAACUCGAGAAACUCAAAGCCGGACCGGAGGUUGACAAUUCGAAGCUUGCCCAGAUGAAAUCGAUUGAGUUGAAAGAGCUUGGGAAUAAACUAUUUUCCGUGAAGAAAUAUCCAAAAGCUAUUGAAAUUUUCACGAAAGCCAUUGAGAAAUGUGGAGAAGGUGAAGAAGAAUUGCUGGCCGUUUGCUUUCAAAAUAGGGCAGCUGCUAAAGAGUACUUGACUGGUGUGUCGCUUGAAGAGAUCAUUGAUGAUUGCACAAAAGCCCUCGAACACAAGCCACAUUAUGGAAAAGCCUAUGUAAGACGGGCAAAGAAUGAGCAAAAGAAUAGGCAAUACCGAGAGGCUUUAGUUGAUAUAUUUGCUGCCACCCACGUCGAUCCGGCUUUGGACAAUCAAAUCGGAGACAUCCUUGCACAAGUUUCGACUAUUCUAGCAGAGGUUGAAAAGGAAGAGUGGAUCCGUAGCGCAAACCCACAACAACAAGUGACCCCGGUUCGACAUGAGCGAGUCUAUGCGUGGCUGCACAAAAUUGGUGAACACGAUCCGAUUCGUGUCGACAUCGUUGAACAUGCAAAGGGGGACGGACCUUAUUACAAUGCGUUGCAGUUGAUUCGUGAACGCCACUACACAAGUGUCGCUGAGUGCGCUGCGAAGUGUUUCACGGCUGAGGGCAUCUCCAUCGACGAAAAGUUGAAGGGAUUGUUGUUAACAGCUCGUUUCCAGGCACUUCAGAAUCAGAGAGCUUUGGCUGAAGAAAUAUUUUCAUCUUUUGAAAAAGAAUUCGACUUGUUAAUCGAUUUGGAGAAAGAGCGAUUAAGUGAUCUUCGAAAAUCGAAAGCCUCGCUCUUGAUCGAAAUCGGUCGGAAUAAAGAUGAAGUACUUGGAGCUUUUACAAAAGCCAUUGAAUUGGACAAGGCGUAUGUCGAUUUCUACACAACAGCCACUUUCCGUCUCACUCAAUUGAAUGAUUUAACUGAUGCGGAUGUUGUGAUUAACAAAAGCGAUUUUGAAGAUACAGUGAAUGCAAAACUGGCUCGGCACAUGUUGAAGAUCUUGGUGGCCGUGCAAUCAGGCGAUAUGGCGCAGGUGCAUAACGGGAUUCGGGGGCUCGAAGAGUUUGUGAAUGGGCUACCCGAACAGACGCCAUAUGCAUUGAUUCUAUUGGCAAAGAUUUACGCCCUCUUCCAAAACAACGAGCUUGCCGCUGAGACGCUCGGCAAAUUGAUGCAAAUCGAAUCCGAGGAAAGCUCGCACUAUUUUGAUGCCAGCAUGCUUGCGAGUAACGAGAACGAGAUGAUGACAAGACUCGAGAAAUGUGUGGCUCUUGAGCCGAAUCAUGCCGAGGCAAAUCUGAUGUUGUGCUCGCUGAAAGUGAAUCAAGUUGGGCCAAAGGCAUUGACUGCAAAAGACUACGACUUCUGCACGGCCUGCCUCGAUCGUGCUACUAGAGUGAUUGUUCCCGAUUCUCCGGAUUUCCCGACCGUCUCCUCGGUUUUCCAAAUGAUGGCUAUUCUGAAAGCAAAACGCGAAGCCGGUGUUCGAUUCUCGGUU